GAGUGGGGGAGGGAGAACUCUCGAGCGAAUAAUCCCGGCCCGGAACAGUUUGAAGAAGAAAGUCUGAGGGAAAUGGCGGUUGAUAAAGAACUGCUGGAGUUGGACCUGUACGCGCUUUUGGGAGUGGGCGAGAAAGCGACGGAUAAAGAGAUUAAGAAAGCCUACAGACAGAAGGCCCUGACCUGUCAUCCAGAUAAACAUCCAGAUAAUCCCAAAGCAGCUGAACUCUUCCAUCAGUUGUCUCAGGCAUUAACAGUUCUAACAGAUGCAGCAGCAAGGGCAGCCUAUGAUAGAGUGAGGAAAGCCAAGAAACAAGCAGCAGAAAGGACCCAGAAACUUGAUGAAAGAAGGAAGAAAGUCAAGCUUGAUCUUGAAGCUCGGGAAAGAGAAGCUCACUCCCGGGUUAGCAGGGAGGAAGAGAUUGAGAUAACUAGGACGUUGGAGCAAGAGAUCCAACGAUUACGUGAAGAGGGAUCUCGCCAACUGGAGGAACAACAAAAACUCAUCCAGGAACAAAUCCGGCUUGAAAAGGAGCGAAUACGAAGUAAACAAGAUGGGUAUGGAGGGAAUGGCACAGGAACACCCAAGCUCAAACUACGAUGGAAGUGCAAGAAAGAAGAUGAAACUAAAGGAGGUUACUCAAAGGAAAUUCUCCUGCAAAUUCUACAAAAGUAUGGUGAAGUUCUUAAUUUGCUGAUCUCAAACAAGAAGGCAGGAAGUGCAGUUGUGGAAUUUGCUACCGUGAAAGCUGCUGAAAUGGCAGUGAAGAAUGAAGUUGGCCUAACAGACAAUCCUUUAAAAAUCACCUGGCUAGAGGGUCAACCACAGAGUAGCACUCUGUUUGCUGAUGGCACUGUUCACCCACAGAUAUCCCAGGGUUCAGUAGUCUCUGAGAGGGAUUAUGAAAGUCUUGUGAUGAUGCGGAUGCGCCAAGCUGCUGAGAGACAGAAGCUAAUUGAACAGAUGAAACAGGAAGAUGAAGAAGAAUCUUGUACAUAGUAGAAGAGGAAACGGCAUUAUCAUGCAUUUUUUGCUUAUAAUUCUUAAAUCAAUAAAAACUAUUGAAGCAAAAACUUCUUACAAACUGCUGUAGAUUUCUCGGAAGAAUAACUGAUCACCCUGAUUAAGAGAAUAUACAAAGUGAAAAUUUAUUUCAAGAAUCUCAAUGUAUUGCUUAAAUUACUCUUACAGCUGGAACUUAUAGUAGCAAAUCUGCCUUCUUGAAAAACCAUAUCCCCGCUUGUUGAUAACCAUGUUUCUCAACUCACUGAAACAAUAUGAGCUCUACAGCACAUUUCCUAUGAUAGAAAAUGCUUUCUACUCAUAGCAACUCUACAGAUAGAUAUAACUUUAAAGGCUUACCAUGCUCUUUUCUCCAACAUAUUCUUUGUAAAUCUACUUAUUUGUUAGAUUUAAUAUACUCUUUUUGUUAAAAAGAGUUCUAUGGUUACCUAAUUUUUAUCUUUAUAAUAAACCUGUGAGAUACAUUUGGCUGAAAGCUGGUGACCAGACCAGCUUCAUGGCUGAGUUAUGAUCUGAUCCAUUUCCCCAAUUCUUAUCUAGGACUCUAAUCACUACUGGUGGUCAUUCAUAGCCACCCACAUCACAAGGAAACUGAACUAAUCAGUACUGGCAAUGCAAUCUAAACAAUAAUUUCAGUUACAAAGGGGGUUAUUUAUUUGACACUUCCAGUUCAGCAAUAAAAUAAUGUGAAACUAACAAAGUUCCUUGAAUGAGGGAGAAAAGCUGCACUUUUAUUAGUGUAUCAGUUUCAUUACCUGCCAAUAUAUAAGCUGUAUAUUUUAUAUUAGUGUAACCCUUCUGGAUACUCAUUACUUCAGAUUUUUGCUCA